AUGUAUCUGUCAAUGCAGCAGGUUCGGCUGCCCAUCGUACGCCUUCGCCCUUGUCGACUCAUCGCCCGUCGCCGUUUUCCCGAGCCCGCACCUGCGCGACGGUUCCACCUGUCGCGGCAAUGGCUGUCAUCGACCUCACCUGAUGGCCCAACGCCGCCUACUAGUACGGACGCCAGAGACGUUAUAGAUAAUCGCCAUUCCGACAUCGAUAACUCCAUAAAUGACACCACCGCUACUUCGGUCUCUGAGAAAACGAAGCCUCCCGCACGGCAAUAUGGAUCCGCCGUUCGCAGAGCUAUGAGGAACAGACAAACGGAACAGCAGCAACAGCAAAAGUUCUCGCUAGCAGCCAGUAUUCCUACGUGGUUCAAGGCCAACAUAACCCAUGGUUCCCCAGGUCAAGCCGAUCUCCUGCAAUCUCAGCACCAACUGGAUAUCACGAAAUCAAAGUCGAAACCUGGACCCAGUCCCGAUAACAGUGAUGCGGUGGGGGAUCCGGCUUCUGGGGGUAAUGGAGGAGAUCCUUCGGCCGGUGCGACUCCAUCCGAAUCGAGCUCAGAUAAUCGCUACUCCCUCGCAGAACCCUUGUGGGAAGAAUUGCGCGCGUCAGUCAAAGCAGGCUUACGAUUGCCGCCUACGCAAUACGCAAAAGAACCAUCGGCCAAGAAGUCACAUCUUGUUCUUCAAUACCCCGGCAACGAUGGCAUUCUUUUCCUGAGACUCUGUCAUAUUGCUCAGCUGUUCAGUGAGCAUGAUCUUGCAGAGUCGGGUGCGACGUCAGCCAUUCGCUCCCUCGGAUACGAAGUGUAUCGCCCUGCUAUAAUGGCAGCCUUCGCUGAGCCUGCGGAAGGCGGAGACGCUGACGAAGAUAUACCCGAGAUCGCUGGCGCGCAUCCCGGGACUCACGCCGAAGUCAGCACUCCCCGUUUUAUCACCAUCGAGGCCAGUAGGGAGUCCGGCGACAUCCCGCUUCCCAAUUGGCUUGGCCUGAAAUCACUCGUGGCGUCCAUCAAUGGCCAGCCGGACCAGGAGCCAAACACCUCACGAGGCUACGGACAACGCAUGGAGCAGCGGUGGAUAGGCCUUUUGAAUGAGCUCCUUUACUCUGCGAGUGGGGCAUCCAAGUCAUCAGUCCCCAAGGAAACCAAGGCCGAAAGUGAAGAGGCCCAACAGCCCCUCGAGCCCGUUACUGAAAAGCCCCUGCCACGGGAUACCAUCAUUCACAUACAAGAUUAUCGUGAGAUUCAAAGCUCUAGGGAAGGCUCCCGGGUGAUCACUCUUCUCCAAAAGGUCAUCCAAGAACGCAGGCGCGCAGGAUCGAGGGUCCUACUCAUUGGAAGCACAUCCCAAGAGCUUCAGCACACAAACUCCCGAGACGGCCCAAAGAUCUUGCAGAAUGUCUUUGACGACCAGUUCUCAAAAACUUUGGUAAUCAUUCCAUCCAUGGACACCAAAACAGUAGAGAAAACCUUCUCUGAAGACCAUCAAAAGCGAACAAUGGAAAUCAACACCCGCCACCUUCAAACAAUGCUACGUUACAGAUUGAGCGAGACCUCCUCCGCCGUGAAGGAUGAUAUUUUUGGCACUCGCGAUUGGCCACUUGACCCAUCCACCGUCAAGCAAUCUGGUAUGCGGGAGCGUUUCUGGUCCUACAACCAGGUCCACUGGCUGUCAACUCUCGCGCUUGGAAGCGCAGAGCCGGAUGAACCCUUUGGUUUUGAGCAUAUCCGACGUGGAAUUGAACUCAUGGAUGGCGGCGAUCGAGUCACUAGCGAUUGGCUGCAGGAGAAGUCGCCCAAGGCUUCGGAACCUAGUGGCCAAACCCGGGAGCAGCUCCUGAAAUCUUUGCGUCAGACUUGUACCACUCAUGAGAAGAAACUUCUCAACGGAGUUGUCGAUGCAAACAGCAUCAGAACUACUUUCAACGAUGUACACGUCCUUCCCGAAACCGUGGAGGCUCUCAAGACUCUGACUUCAUUAUCUCUCAUCCGCCCCGAAGCUUUCACAUACGGUGUUUUGGCAACAGACAAAAUCCCAGGCUGUCUCCUCUACGGCCCACCGGGAACCGGAAAGACUCUCCUCGCCAAGGCUGUCGCACGUGAGAGCGGCGCGACUGUCCUCGAAGUGAGUGGCUCUGAAGUCUACGACAUGUAUGUCGGCGAAGGCGAGAAAAAUGUCAAAGCCAUCUUCACCCUGGCCAAAAAACUCAGCCCCUGCGUGGUCUUUAUCGACGAAGCAGACGCCAUUUUCUGCUCACGCACAGGAGCCAGCAGCCGCACGUCCCACCGUGAACUGAUUAACCAGUUCCUGCGUGAAUGGGACGGAAUGAACGAUAUGUCAGCAUUCAUAAUGGUCGCCACAAACCGACCAUUCGACCUGAGACGACGCUGUCCUCCGCCACUUCUCGUCGACCUUCCGACAGAAGAAGAUCGCCACGCCAUUCUGAAAAUCCACCUCAAAGAAGAACAACUCGACUCCGCGGUUGACCUGGCAGACCUCGCCCAUCGCACCCCGCUCUACUCCGGCUCUGAUCUAAAGAACCUCUCCGUCGCCGCCGCAUUGGCAUGCGUGCGGGAAGAAAAUAAGGCGGCACUCGAACACAAGGGUGAUGAAGCCUAUCAAUAUCCGGAACGCCGCACGCUCACGCCUGCCCACUUUGAACUUGGAAUGCAAGAGAUCAGUGCGUCUAUUAGCGAAGAUAUGUCCUCGUUAUCUGCUAUUCGCAAGUUCGACGAGCAAUACGGUGAUCGUAAAGCUCAGCGCAAGAAGAAUACCGGGUGGGGAUUCAUUCCUGCGGGUAGUGAGGAGAGUCGGGAGGAGACUGCGCGUGUCCGUACGGCGUGA